AUGUCUGCUCAGACCGACAAAAUUGAAGCAAGCUCUCAUUCUGGUGGUGCCGAGCACCAUGACAAUGAUGUCGAUUUCAAGCAUGAGCCCGUCGUGCUCAAGUCAGACCACGAUGAACUAGGCCUCUGGGCUACUGCGGUAUUCAUCUGCAACUUGAUUGCUAUCGCAGCCGCAGCCGAUGGCUACCAGUACAAGUUGAACGGAAAUAUCAUUGCUAACAAGGGCUUCGUUAACCGCAUCGGCUUUCUCAAUGCUGCCGGUACAAAGCACGUACUCAACGCCCAGCACACGGCGCUCUGGGGCGCCAUACAGUCCCUCGGUCAGCUCGUGGGCAUGCUCUUCCUCAACCCCGUGUCGGAUCGCAUCGGCCGCAAGAUGACCAUGUACGUCCUCUGGGUCGUUCUCGCAGGUUCCCUCACGCUCGAGACGCUGGUCCGCGACUGGCGAGACUGGUCAGGCGCCAAAAUCCUCGCGGGCGUCGGCGUAGGCGCCCUGCAGUCGACGCUGCCCAUCUACAUUGCCGAGUGGUCGCCGUCGAACAUUCGCGGGGCCAUGGUCCUCACGUACAGCUUUUGGAACACGAUUGGCAAGUUCCUGGCGCCGCUGACGCUCCUCAUCUGCGAGAACGCCAACCCACAGGAGUACAAGAUUCCCAUCGUCACGCAAUGGGGAUUCCUCGGCAUCAUGCUGCCCAUCUUCCUCUGGUUGCCCGAGACGGCCCAUUACUAUGCCGAGCGCGAUCUCGACGAGAAGGGUCGCGCAUCUCUCGACCGCGUCAACGGUCAGGUGCCCGCCUACGAUGUCGACGCCGAGUACGCCAUCAUCAAGAACCUCGAUCCUCGAGCAGCGGCGACGACGCCACGAGCUGGAGGAAGACGACGGCAGCAGCCGAAAGGGGCCGGCUUCGCGAUCCGUUCUCAUCACGACGGUGCUGACCGUCAUCGCGCUCGUGACGUCCGUGGCCCUGAUGCUGUGGACGGACCGGUUCGGGCGCCGCUCGUCGUGUUCGCGGCGGCCUGCGUCUCGACGCUGACCAUGCUCGUCGUCGCCGCCAUCGGCCUCGCGCCGACGUCGCCACCGCUGCGCAGCUUCUGCAUCUUCGUCGCGUGCGUGUGGUCCUUUUUCAACAACGCCCUCGGCUCGCUCGGCUGGGCGUUUGUCGGCGAGAUUGCGUCGCAGAAGUUGCGUGCGCGCACGGCCGGGCUGGCGGCCGGCUUGUCGGUCGUUUUCGGCUUGACCUUCAACACGGCGCUGCCGGUCAUGCUGGACACGGAGGGGGCGAACAUGGGGUACAAGACGGGAUGGCUGUUCUUCGGCGUCGGUGCCGUGACCUGCGUCGUCGUGUGGUUCUUUGUGCCGGAGCCGUCGCGGCGGAAUAAUGCUGAGAUGGACGAGAUGUACGAGAAGGGCGUGCCGGCUUGGAAGAUGAAGGAUUACGUGACUGAUGUGCAAUUGGUCCAAAGGCAGGCGAGGGGACGUCACGAGGAGGUCGCUUGA